AUCAUUGCUUACUACCAGGGGCGGACUGACAAAUCAUGAGGCCCCUGGGCAAUAGGGGAUCAUGGGGCCCCUGUGUCCUUGCCCAAACUCAAAAAAGCCUAUGAAAAAGGUACCAGGGGCAUCUCAUGGGCCCCCUACUGACCCCGGGCCCUCGGGCAGUGCUCGAGUUUCCAAAUGGUCAGUCCGCCCCUGGUUACUACUAUUGAAAUCUGUGAAUGAUCACAGACGUCACAUGGUACAAGGCUAUUCACAACAGCCUUGUACCAUGUGACGAGCUGCCCUCACUGGACUGGGUCACAUUUAUUUAUUUUAUUUAUUUAUUUCAG